UUUUCCACCUCACCCGCUAGAAUCAUCUAGCCACUUUCUUUUAUUUUCACUCAAACAUUCUUAAGAACUUUCAUGACACAUCUUUACCACAUAUAUAUACAUGUAUACAUAAGUUCGCAACCUCAUCCUUUGCAAUACAAAUUUGAGCAACAAAAUUCUAUAACAAAAUCCACUACUUGUUCUAAAACGUAACGUGAGUACGUGACCAAAUAAAAUGCGUGCACUAGUUUACUUACUAGUGUUAACUCUCGGUGUAUUUUUACUACACCCAUUACAAGGGUCGGCAUCCAUCCUUCCCUGGAUGGACCGACCCACUAGUUUACUAUCCGAACUAUGGCCGGAGAGGGUCCCGGACCCUUUCCGGAUCCUCGAAGAGUUGCCGUUUUCGGCACUCGACACGGAGAUGGCCUCCAUUAUGUCCACCCCCGCGAGGGUGGACUGGAAGGAGACUCCUGAAGGCCAUGUUAUAGCCCUGGAUGUUCCAGGGUUAACAAAAGAUGAUGUAAAGAUAGAGGUGGAGGAAAACCGAGUGUUACGAGUUAGUGGUGAGAGAAAAAGGGAAGAAGAGAAAAAAGGUGAUCAUUGGCACCGUACUGAAAGGUGUUAUGGUAAAUUUUGGCGCAAGUUUCGGUUGCCUGAAAAUGUUGAUUUGGAUGCUGUGAAAGCAAAGCUUGAGAAUGGAGUUUUGAGUAUAAAUUUGGUGAAGUUGUCUCCUGAUAAAAUUAAGGGUCCAAGAGUUGUUAGUGUGGAAGGUGGUAGUGAAAAUGAGAUGCUUAAGGUUGCUUCUACUGAUGCUAAUAAUAACAAACAAGAGCUGUAAACUUGUAAUGUGUUGUUAAAUGUGUUGUUAAAUGUGAGUGUUUUUUAUAUAAGUUUUUGUAAUGGAAUAUGUGUUUGUGUAUCGGAAUUCGGAAAUAAAAAUGUGUAUUAGUUUGUGAAUGGAACUAAAUCAAAAGCAAUAAUUUUACGUUUUGUUAA